CUAUGGGACAUGAAAUAGCUUCUCGUAAUGCGCUACGAUUUUCGAUAAUGUGUUUGGAAAUAAACAGCGCGAUGAGUUUAAUUUAAUUUGUUUGUGAUUAUAUGAAUUGUUUUAAACAUUAAAAAUGUAUACACUUAUUGAUAAAAGUCGUACGAACGCAGUGCUACAUUUCUGAUAUCACCAAUCCUCGCUCAGCGAAGUGACGCCAUUUUACGGGAAUGACCAGCCCGCGGCUGCCUCUUAUUAAGCCCGAUGUAAGGAGCGCUCUACUCAAACGGAUGCAUGGAAACGAAUCUUUAUUAUUGUUCUCGUACUGGACGUACGAUUUCAGAGAAAACUAUGGAAGAUGGUAAUAUAACCAAUACGAGAGACGAUAAAAUUGGUUCAGCGUCACUGACGAAUUUUUACGUCGAAAGACCCGCGAAGACAAAUGGACAUGACUUUACCGGAGAGCCCUCCAGUCCCCCAGAUACGUUCUACGGCCCUCGGCGUUCUAGCGCCGAUGCAUCACAAGACGAAAAAUUCCGAAAACGCAUUAAUCCAUUAAGAAUCCAUCUCGGCAAAAGACCGUUUGUUGACACUUCGGCGUCAUACAACAAUGCGAGUAAAAAGAAAAAGCAUUUUGUGGUUAAACCCAGUGAAAGCAAUGCACAAAAAAACGUAAAUCCUCGUGCACCGAAGCUCUUACCCAAACGUGUUGACCGUAACCCAUUUCACAAUGUUGUACCACAAGUGGACACUUCUAUGGACAAUGAGCAAGACAAACCGGUCCCGCGUCUCGUGCCCAAAAGUCAGUUGGUACAGUUUAAAAAAGGUAAAACAGAAAAAGGUCCCCAGCUGAAAGAAUAUGCACAGAGCUUGGGUCUACAACCUAUGGUGAAAUUUAAAUGUAGGAAAUGUUGUUCUAUGUCCUUCAAGACUUUAGCAAUGUUGAAAGAGCAUCAGUUGAUUUGCCGUGCUCAAGUGAAGGAGCCUGCUCUCAGCCCGGAGUCAGUUUCCAAUUCAGAUAACAAUGCUGGGGGACCAUCAAGAGUUACAAGAAAGGUUUAUUUGUGUUCAGCUUGUGGUACAUAUUAUGAAAAUUGGAAUCUUUUCCUUCACAUGAGAGAGGUACAUAAUCGACACAUAUGCUUGUUCUGCCUGGGCAUGUUCUCAAAGGCUGAGAAGCUGUCUGCCCAUCUCACCAACAAACAUAAUGUACAAGAGUUUAAUUACAACAGUAAGGAGGACUUUGUUAAUGUUUACAAUGGGACAUUAUAUUUAAUGUGUUGUGCUUGUGAUGAGAUUUGUAGUGAGAAGGAUGAUUUUUUUAAUCAUGAUUGUAACAAUGUGAAACCUAAACCUGUGCCUGUGCUUGUUAGUAAAAAGCCAAACAAUGUUCAUCAUAUUAAAAAUGUCAAUGAGCCAUUGAAAAGUUGUAAUACCACCACAACAUCGAGUAAGAAUUCAUUAAAGCCUGUUAGUAGUGAUAAAAUUGAAACCAAUGAUGCAAAGCCGGAGACAGUUACUACCCCGAAGGCUACGGUAGAUACAAGCGAUUGUGAACCUGUAAAUAGUGAUGCAAGUAUUAGUUCGGAUAGUUCUCUUUCAACUAGUAAAGAUAUAAGUAAUACAUUAGACUCUGUGAUAGGACCUGAUAGUUUAAAUGUAAAACCUGGGACAGACACCCAUGAGACUAGCACUCCUGAUACUAGUAGAUUACACUUACCUAACGGUGAUGACAGUAUAGAACAAUCAGACGACAGUGACUCACCUAUUCCUGAUGAAGUUCAUCCAUCAACACCACUUUCUAAUGUAGAGGAAAAUAUUAGUCAACUACCAGAGAGAGAAAAGGAGGCAGGUGGUAUUAAGCUAAAAUUGAGUUUAAAUAAUGCUAAUUCCCCAGUAAUUAUUAAUUCUACUGUAGAUCCAACUGUUGGGCAACAAUAUAAACCACCGUCUCGGGUCAGAAGGCCUCCAAAAAGAUAUGAGAAAGAUACAUCACAAGAAUUACUAACUCCACCAAGACAACCUUCCAUAAAAAUGACAAUAUGCGAUAAAGCUGAUAGUCCAUUUGUAAAAACCACUAUAAUAGAAAAUAACAAAGAAACAACACAAAAAGUGACCAUGGAUAAUAGUGUGCCCACACCACCAGUACCUAAAGAUCCGGAACCAAAACCUGACAGUACAAUAAAAACCACUAUCUAUGAUAAUAAUUUAGAGGACAGCAACACAUUGAACAGGGUACCAAAGCUGACGGUAAGAGUGCCCAAGGAAUUUUUGGAUAAAGACUCUUCAAGUGAUUAUUCUUCCGAUAGCGAUAUUGGUGAAAAGAUGUCUAAUGAUGAUAACAAUACAACUAUUGCACACCAAGAAAAUGUUAAAGAACAAUCUCCUGAAAAAGAACAAGUAAAAUCUGAAGUUCCAAUAGAGGAGUCAAUUGUUAAAGAUGAACCUGAACAACCAGAAGCCAAAGUACAAGCGACAGAUGAAAAUAUUCAUCCCAAUCUAGAACCUGAAGUAAAGACUGAAGUUAAAGAAGAAAUUUUGAAUGUGGAAGACCCUUCACCAACUGACAGUGUUCCUGCUAUAGAACUAACACUAGACAGACCAUUAGAUAAAUAUCCACUCAAAGAUCUCUUGAAAGUGUUUUUAGCAUCAACUGUUAUAAACUGUAUUUAUUGCAACCAUGCACGGAAGAUUGCUGUAAACUGUGAACAGCUUGCACUGCACUUGGUAGCAGAGCACCGAUUCUCUGCAACUGUGAACAGCAUCACAGCGGAGGAACUCCUGCCGCAAACUAUUGCAGCUAAAGUGAAAGCGAGGCUACAAGAAGUGUGUACUGUAUUUAUAAAUUUAGACUCUUAUGACAGUGUUGAUAAGUGUGAAACUGUUCAGUAUAGUCAUGUGUUUGAGUGUUUUCAAUGUUUCUUUAAAACUGCUGUUCUAAAAGAUCUCUAUUUACACAAUCGUAAAAUGCACCAGAAAACUAUAUUACUUUGCAUAAUGUGUAAAUGUAAUUUUUAUACUUAUAGUGAAUUACUAUGUCAUUUGUGUCCUGGAACAUAUGAUACAGAAUACGAAAAUAGAUUUAGAUGUUGCUUGUGUACUGUAGAUUCUAUAUCUUCACCCUUUAGAUUAAUGGUACAUUUACGGAAAAUACACCACACAUGUGAUGUUUGUUUAGAAUUUUGCCAAAGCCAAGCUCGCUUGUCAAGUCACGUUUGGAAACAUAAACUGCACCAUUUAUGCUACCGAUGUGGAAUUGCAUAUAGAAAUAAACUGGACAUAACAAAUCACCUGUUCUGGAAACAUGGCACUGAAAGUGUUUUAUGUAAAAAGUGCCUACAAAAGAAAUGGCCGCAUGUCUAUCAUUUCUGUACACCUCCACCUAUUUUUGUAUGUGAAGAAUGUACUUUGCAAUUUACUCGAGCUGUAUACCUUAAAGUUCAUAAACGAUUUCAUUCUGAAGAGUUCCCACAUGUUUGUGCUGAGGAAAAUUGCACAGAAAAAUUUGUUUCUAAAAGAUUGUUAGCUAAACAUGCAGAAAAACAUAGUCAAAUGUCCAUUGAAAGUAUAAGUGAAGAGAAAUCAUUAACGGUUGAUAAACCCACUGAUGACAGUAAGGUAUUACCACCCGAAGUUGCAUUAAUAGAUGAUAAACCUAAGGAAGAAGCUGGAUCUUCUGAGACAAAAGAUGAGACUGGAACUGGUCACGCCUUAAAAAAAGUGAAAAAGAAAAAACUUAAAGACAAAGAUGCAUUAUUAUUGGACGUAAAUUUGCCUGCAUUAAAUCUGUCUGAAAGUGACAGCAGUGACGAAUCUGACAGUGGUGUUCCAUCGUCAAUUAAAGACGAAGGACAAAUUGACAAGUUAGAUGAUGAAUCCCAAGAAGCGAAACCGAACAGCCUCGAUGUGACCGACUCUGGUAAUCCUACAGUAGAACCUCUUGCAAAAGUUGAAGAAUCGAUCGAGCCACCAGAAGAAAAACCGGACGAAAAACAGGUUUUGGAAAUAUGGGACAACUUUAAGAAAUAUCAAGCCAAAGUUGAGAAACAAAAAGAAAAAACACCUCCAUUAGUUCCUAUUAGAAAACAUGUUUGCGAUUCCGAUCAUGAUUAUUGUUUGAUACCAACUGAAGUAAAUGGCGACGACGAUACCUUUGGCUCAGAUAAAAAGAAGAAUAAAAAGUCGCCAAAAAAGAAGCAAAGUGGCUUAUCAUCGUCGAGUAGCAGCAGCAGCGACAGUGAUUCCAGUUGUUCAUGCGGCCCUAACUGCAGCUGCUCCUCCAGUAGCGGAGGGUCUUCAUCCUCAAGUUCAUCAGAUUCUGAUUCAUCAGAUGAAUCAGGAAACGAAAAGAAGAAGACUAAGCAACUAAAGAAAUUACCGAAUAGACGACUUAGCAAUGGCUCCAACGUGGAUGUUAUGGCGAUGACAGAAACACCAGUUUUAGUACCUGAAAAAACGGAACCUCUUAUUGCUGAAAGCGAUCUAGACACAGAAGAGAGUGAAACAGAUGAAGAGUUUUAUGAUGAGAAUCCCCAAAAAAUUGCAAACAAAUUGUACACCGAGAAACGUAUGCUUUUAGCUUCAGUGGCUCCAUCCGACGGCGGCUCAAUGUCUGGAGACGUUAGUCGCGCCGCCACUCCGGUAAAAGAGGAAGUCAAACAGAAUGAAGAAGUUAAUGUCGUCCAGCAUUCGGAGCCCGACACUAAAAAAGAAAAAACUAGCAGUGUUAAAAAACGAAGUAAGAAGAAAAAGAGAUCUAAGAGUUCAAAGAAGCACACACCCAUUAAAAUUAAUAUUCCUAAAGAUGUUAUCGCUAAAUCUGAAGUGGAAGCACCGUCGCCAUUGUUGUCGAAUAAAAUUACAAUAUCUUUACAAUCCAAUACAGUACAAAUCCCAGAAGCACCGAAAACCGUCAUCACAAAGCCAUGCAAUCCCAAGAAUUCAACUCAUGAAAAUAAACGUGCUUCAAAACGAAGACGUGUCCCGAACAAAUUUUACGGUUACUCGAGUGACGAAGAGUCUCCACAAACAACCGCUGCGCUUAAACCGCAGCUGCCGCCCAAACUAGAGUGGAGGAAGGAAGAUUUACCCUCUCCUGUGACGCACAAAGCGAAAAAGGAAAUUCCUUCGUCUGUGAUCCCUCAAAGAACGUUCAACUAUACGGACCCGAUCAGAUUGACUGCGCCUAUUCCGGACCCUGAACCUCCAAAAAUACUGAUGAAUACAGAAUCCAUGGAGUCGAACAGCGAUUCCGGUUCCAGCGACGAAGGAGCUUUAGAAAUAUACCAACCCAACAGCGUUCAGAACUCAAUACCGGUUCCACCCCCGACGUACCUCAAUUCCGGUACGUCCAGUCUGCCGUACCCGUUCCAAAGGCCGGCAGUCCGUCAGGCGCGGGAGGGAGAAAGUGUUUAUUGCUACUGUCGGUGCCCUUACGAUGAGGUGUCCGAAAUGAUAGCAUGCGAUGCCGAGGGGUGCGCGAUCGAGUGGUUCCACUUCGAGUGUGUCGGUAUCAUGGUACCGCCUAAAGGCAAAUGGUACUGCCCGGAGUGCAGGAAGAACCAGGGCGUCGCCGCCUACAGAUAAUCCCCGAGACUUGGUGUAAAUAUGGCGUGGCUGUAUCGAUAUCUGUACAUAACUUAUUGACAAUUGUAGAUAGCCUAGCUUUACUUGUAUAUCGUUGUAGGUAGGUAGUAUAUAAAGUCUAGGAUUAUUAGGUCUGAAAAAAUGUAUCAUAUGUUAUAAAAGUACAUGUUAUGCUUGAAUUGGGCUGUGCGGCCGCCACUGUAAUCUGGCGAAUUGUUACUGACGUUCACUAACCCAGCCAAAUGGAAAUAUAAAUCCAAUUUUUGAUACCAACAUUGCAGUUUUAUUUACAUCAUUAUUUAAAAUAUAUUCAUGUCUGCCUAACCUUACUUCCCGAGCAGAUCAACACAACACAGCUAUUGCUAUAAUAU